AUGGUCGAACAGGCGGAUGCCGUGGUUGAGUUGUCGCCCUCAUCUAAGACUGACAGCGACUGUACUGUGAAGGAGUCCAAACCUACUGGCAACAAUUUCAAGUGGUGGGAUGUGCUAGCUGAGGGCUCUGAAGCCGCGGCUGCGUUCAGCCUUAUGAAGGGUACCCUUGGUGCUGGUGCACUGGCCGUUCCUUACACUAUGUACGGUGCUGGUAUCAUAGCUGGCACUAUUUUACUUUGUGCCAUGUGCUUCUUUACAUUCCUUUCUGUCGAGAUGAUCGUCAGGGCACAGGAUAUCGCACAGAAGGAUACCUAUGAGGACCUUGUGGAAAUGCUCUUCGGGAAGAAAUUGGGAUGGAUUUUCCAAAUAGGCUUAUUCCUUUUCUGUUUUGGUACUGCCGCUGCAUACAUCGUGACGAUCUAUGAUAUAUUCAACCCUGUGUUCGUCGCUGCCUUUGGUUCCAACCCUGAUACAUGGUACGGAAUAAUGUUCGUGGAUAGGGUCUAUUUCAGCACUCUAGUCACGGUCGUUAUACUACUGCCAAUAUCACUCCUAAAGGGCAUAGGUUCCAUCAGGUACCUCACUAUGGCGGGUUCUGUGGGAGUGUGCUUCCUGGCUAUCACAGCUAUCUAUACUCUCUCUCGUUACGGUGUCUCGGAUGCCUUUGAUGUGGAUACUGCAUGGACCCCUAUCAAUGCGGGGUCUCUCAUGUCUGCCUUCAGUACGUACAUCUUUGCUUUCUCAAGUCAACCGAACGUACCAGAGAUUUACGUUGGCCUGUCGAACCGGAAGCCGUCUGCUAUGAGGAGGGUCACUGCUGUGUCUAUGAUCGUCAGUGUAAUUGUCUACCUUAUGGUAGGCAUCCUAUUCUUCGUCAACUUCGGAGAUGAUAUCGCCUCCAGUGUUCUCAUCAGUUUGAGUCCAAUGAUCCAGUCUGGUGACCCUAUGGUAUGCAUCGCUUUCAUUCUAAUGGGCGUUGCUAUCAUUGGCUGUUUUCCUCUCAAUAUCUACCCUGUGAGGACGACUAUAUUGUAUUCGUUGGACCCUAAGAAGCAUCGAACCAUCAUUGGUAUAGUCAUCGCUACUUUAACGGUGGCUCUGUCCUUCGCAGUGGCGGUCGCCUUGCCUGAUGUAAAUAUGAUUCUGGGUCUUGUCGGAGCCAUCGCAGGGUCCAUCGUCUGCUUCUUGGGUCCUGGGGCUUUCAAUAUCGUUCUUGCCAAGGGCAAGGGGAGCAUAUAUGCCUGGAAAAACUGGUGGUACUGGUUGAUGAUCGUGGUCGGUUUGGUAUCCCUUGUACUCGGUACCUGGGUUUCUCUAGUUGGUGUUAUCGAUUUCUACAGCAAGUAA